AUGCUCCUACUGGAAGCCGUUAGAGAAAGACUAGGAGUGGAACGUGUACACCUCAACCACAGCCUCGACUCCUUCGAACAAGACGAACCCACGUCCUCCCCCGUCACCCUGACCUUCGCACAAAAGAAAUCCGGCGCGCCAUCCUCAACACCAACGUUCACAUCCGACCUCGUCAUCGCCGCAGACGGCAUAAACAGCACAGUCCGGCGCCACCUCUACCUCUCCGAAGGCCCUCCAAAUUUCUCCGGUCGCAUCCUCUGGCGCGGCUGCCUCGAGCGCGAAGCUUUCCUCACCAGCGCUAGCAUGAUCUGGUCCGGGCACGCAAAUCAAAAAUUCAUCGCCUAUCCCAUCAUGAAAUAUUCCGAUCGAUCCAAAUCCCUUGUAAACUGGAUUGCGGAACUUCGCGUCCGGGAUGAGGACGAUCCGGACACGACACCACCUGAGAAGGCGGACUGGUUGAACACCGUGCCUAAGGAGAAGUUUGCGCCGAAAUUUAGGGAGUGGACGUUUGGGUUCUUGAAUGUACCGGAUUUGAUAGAGAAGACGGAGAGGGUCUAUGAGUAUCCGAUGUGUGACAGGACGCCUGUGGAGAGAUGGAGUUUUGGGCGAUUGACGCUUUUGGGCGAUGCUGCGCAUCCGAUGUAUCCGAUUGGGAGCAAUGGAGCUUCGCAGGCAAUCUUGGAUGCGGCUUGUCUGACAAGAUGUCUUUGGGACUGCAAGGACUUGGCCAGCAUUCCGCAGGCGCUGAAGGAGUACCAGGACGAACGGCUGCCGACCACUGCGAAGAUUGUUAUGGCGAAUCGUGGGAAUGGACCGGAUCACGUCAUGCAAGUGGCUUAUGAGAGGGCACCUAAUGGUUUCAAGCAUAUCAACGAUGUUAUCCCGCAGCACGAGCUGCAAGGUAUUGGUUUGGCUUAUAAGGCGAUUGCGGGCUUUGAGAUUGAGAAGGUGAAUGAGCAAGCUGGGAAGACCGAGGGAACUGCAGAGAAGCUUGGUUUGAAGUCGCCGAGAGCGUGGACGACGGUUGCCACGAAUAGUGUAAAUGGCUCGUAA